UUACAUUGUUAAAAUGAAUAGAUUACAAGGAGUAACAUCAAUUUUGUGCAUCAUGAAUGACAAUCAUAAUAUCAUAAAUUCAAUUGCAAAUACCAGACAACUGAAGGAUUCCCCCCUGCGUCCGUUAUCUUCUUCUUCCUUUCUCUUAAACCUCUGUAGGAGUCUGUACAAUAACAAUACCCUUCCCCCAAUUUUCAAAUGCGGUCGCACUCCGGCCGAUGAGAUUACUGCUCAAUUCCCUUCAAUGGAUACCCUAGCGCUCGCUAAUUCCGGCGUAACAACCGCCGCGGCAGCCACAACCAUGUCUUCUUCCCCCGCUUGCUCAUCCUUCUCCGGCGUGAAGUUCUCCUUACCUCGUUCCAAAGCGGGAGUACGGAGGUCCGCCGGAAGAAGAAGGGUUAGACUUGUGGUUUCGGCAUCCAGAGAAGGUGGAAAUGAACCGCAGCUGGACGAGUGGGACCAAAUGGAGCUCAAAUUCGGCCGCUAUCUCGGCGAAGACCCUAAGCUCACCAUAGCUAAGAUGAUGGCUAGAAAGGUGGAUCCGGAUGCUUCGUUUCUUGAAGUUGAGAAGGAGUUUCAUAGAAACAAAGGGAAACUAGUGGAGAUAGAGGAGCUUCCUUUUGAUAUUUCUAGUGAAAGGAAGAAGAAUUCCUCGAGUUCUUCAUCAUUGGAUGGUUUGAGUUUGGCCAGGCCUGUGCUAAAACAAGGAAUGAGGUUCCAGGAGGAGGUUAGUAAACCUGCAAGGCUGCCACAGAUGAAGAAACCGAUUCGUACGGUUGUAAAAGAUGCGGCUGCUGGCAGCAAUGUCAAGCAGCAUAGGGUUCCUGAUGUUAUCUUGAGAAAACCUAGUAUAUUUGGUGCGGAGGAUGGUGGGGAAGACAAGGAUUUGAAGUCUAGGGUGAGGAUGAUUCAACCUAAUUUGAUGCUGAAAAUGAGGGGCGAGCAGAGAAGAGAGAGAUUUAGUGAUAUGACACUUUUGAGAAAGCCUGAGGCAAUGAGUGUUGAGAAGAAGCAAGAGUCUCCUGCCCAUGUGGAUGGUGAAGUUUAUGGAGGUGAUAGGUUGACAAUGAGGAAUGAAAUGGAUGAGGAGGAUGACUACAGUGGUUUCACUCUGCUGCAGAAGCCUGUGAGUGUGAGAAAUGAGGUUCAAGAAUCUUCAGAAAUUGGCAGUAGCUCACUUGAAAAGGAAGGUGUGGUGGAAGAUAAACCUGAUAGAGGGAUUCAGCAGGAGAGCAUUAAUCUGUCUAGUGAGGUAGUAUAUGAUCCUCUUAAUCAACAAUCAGAUGCAAGUAAAAGCGAUUCGGAGUCCAACUUAUUAAUCGAAGCAUCACUGCAGGGGAAACCAAAUAGAUUAGACCAAUCUGUGAAAGAAAGAUCGACAUCUAGCAUGGAACAGACAGUUUCUUUGGAUCCUGGAACCAGUAGCCGUGGUGAUGGGAUCCACAAUCUCCCAGCUACUUCACCUGUGGAGGCUGCAGACUGGUCCAGGGCUGAAGAGCUGUUUAAGGGAGUGGAUAGGGCUGAAGUGGAGUUGAUAAGCUCUAGCGCACGAGGAUUCAUUGUCUCUUUUGGGUCAUUGGUGGGAUUUUUGCCAUAUCGCAAUCUUGCUGCAAGAUGGAAGUUUAUAGCUUUUGAGUCUUGGGUGAGACAGAAGGGUCUUGACCCGUCUGCAUACAAACAAAAUUUAGGGAUCAUUGAAAAUUAUGAUUCCUUGCAUCAGAACCGUUCUUUUGACCGAAAGUUAAAUCCAGCAAUCGAGGUGAAAACUGAAGGUGAAAUUACUCCGGAUAUGAAGUUGGAAGAUCUUCUAAGGAUUUAUGACCAGGAGAAGCUCAAAUUCCUCUCCUCAUUUGUUGGUCAGAAAAUUAAAGCAAAUGUGGUAAUGGCUAAUAAAAAGUCUGGAAAACUCCUAUUUUCUUUGAGGCCCAAGGAAAAGGAAGAAUUGGCCGAGAAGAAGAGAACUUUGAUGACUAAGCUUCAAGUUGGCGAUGUCGUGAAGGGAUGCAUAAAAAAGAUCACCUAUUUUGGUGUUUUUGUUGAGGUUGAAGGUGUACCUGCAUUAAUUCAUCAGACUGAAGUAUCAUGGGAUGCCACUUUGGAUCCUGCAUCAUAUUUUAAACUGGGUCAGAUCGUGGAAGCAAAAGUUCAUCAGUUGGAUUUUACUCUUGAACGCAUCUUCUUGUCCCUGAAGGAAAUUACUCCAGAUCCCUUGACCGAGGCCUGGGAGUCUGUUAUCGGGGAUCGAGAUCCCUUAAGCGGUAGUCUACAACCAGCUGAGGAAGACACUGAGUGGGUGGAAGUAGAGUCUCUGAUCAAGGAACUAGAACAAACUGAAGGAAUCCAGUCAGUAACAAAAGGUCGUUAUUUCUUGAGUCCAGGUUUAGCUCCAACGUUCCAGGUUUAUAUGGCAUCCAUGUUUGAGGAUCAAUAUAAGUUACUAGCACGAGCCGGAAACAAAGUCCAGGAGGUGAUCGUUCAAUCGUUGCUUGAUAAAGAAGAAAUGAAGUCCGUAAUUCUGUCGUGCGCCAACAAAGUCUGA